UAAUUUGUAACACAUCAGCGUGUACAUGUUUUCUAGAAAUUGUAAUGUGUUUCAUCCCUCCACCACACAUGCUAGCUAAAUCUGGCAAGAAAUGAAUAAGAGUGUAGAGCGUGAACAGCAGAUGAAGGACGACCAAUGAGGAUCCCCGAGUGAGGUGGCAUCAAAUUCCAGCCAACCAAUUGCAGACUGAGAAAUUCCUUUUCCAUAACUACAGAGCCUAGGUGAACACAGCAUCGCUCAUCAUUUCAUUCAUUGGGAUAACUACAGCUCGUUGUUUGGUCUUGAUAUUUCACCGGCGUAUUGAAAUUCAUUACCAAACGAACCGAUUUUUACGCAGCCUUUAUACGAAAAAAAAUUAUCGUGGAAAAUGACUGAAACGGAGGAGGGAAAUGCUAGACACAGAAAUGGAGGCGCGGCCACUGAUGCAUGUACAAGGGACGAUGUGUUCGACAACACGUAUAAAGAAAAAGAUGGUCCAAAACCUCCAAGGACAAUAGUGUGGAAAAACGUCAUAUUGAUGUCUCUGUUGCAUUUUGGAGCCUUGUACGCUUUAUGCCUCGUCCCAUCCGCUACUUCUAUGACCUUGGCAUGGUCUGUUCUGUGCUUUUUGGUAAGUGCUUUGGGAAUUACUGCAGGAGCACAUAGACUCUGGAGUCAUCGGUCCUACAAAGCAUCACUACCUCUGAGAAUAAUUCUUGCCGCCGCAAACUCAAUGGCUUUCCAGAAUGAUAUUUAUGAGUGGGCUCGAGAUCACAGAGUCCACCAUAAAUUCUCUGAGACAGACGCGGACCCCCAUAACGCCCUGCGGGGAUUCUUCUUCUCCCACAUCGGCUGGCUCCUGGUGCGGAAGCACCCGGACGUCAUCGAGAAGGGACGCAAGCUGGAGCUCACCGACCUGAAGGCCGAUAAAGUGGUCAUGUUUCAGAGGAAGUACUACAAGCCUUCUGUCCUCCUGAUGUGUUUCUUCGUGCCCAUGUUUGUGCCUUGGUACUUUUGGGGUGAGACCCUGUGGAUUGCCUACUUCAUUCCAGCGCUGCUGAGGUACACCCUGGUGCUCAACUCCACCUGGCUGGUCAACAGUGCCGCCCACAUGUGGGGUAACAGGCCCUACGACACCGGCAUCAACCCCCGGGAGAACAAAUGGGUCACCUUCAGCGCAAUAGGUGAAGGAUUCCACAACUAUCAUCACACUUUUCCCUACGACUACGCAACGAGCGAGUAUGGCUGCAAGUUAAAUCUCACCACCUGCUUCAUUGACUCGAUGUGUUACCUGGGCCUGGCAAAUGAAUGCAAGCGAGUUGCCCACGAGACGAUCGAUGCACGUGUCAAACGUACUGGUGACGGAAGCAUCCGAAGUGGCUGAAAGGUUGGAUGCCUACUAGUGGGGCUUGGUCAACAAAGGCAGGUUGUUCAAACUUCAGCUUCAUCUACAGAGAAAGGCCACAAGAGUAGGAGGUGCAUAUCUUUAUCCAUCGUAGUCACACCUCGAGAACCUGUGAAAAUGAAAUGAAGUCGGUGUUGCCCAUAUUUUUUUUUUUUUUUAUUUUUUUUUUAUUUCUCCAUUGGAAUUAUGAGAUGAUUGGGGUCAUUCAUUUUCACAUUCAUAUACUAUUAGUCAGAAUUAUACAGGAGGUUUUUUUUUGUGCACUGAAAAAAAAACUGCCUUUGGUCAUCACUGCUGCAUUUCAUUAUGUUUACAGUAAGGGUGGCACACUGUGCUGAUAGAACAGUCGGCCUGACCAGGAACUCUGUUAUAUUGUAUGCUGUGCCAGAACAGACCCUAAUGAAACAAACAUAGUAAGUACCUUCUCUGUGGAACACUGGGAAGAAAAUUGGCUGUCUUCGUAUUGCACAGGCAUACGCGAAACCAUGUUAUGGGGUUACAUGGUUAGUGUUCAAAGUUAUUUACAGCCAUUAACACCCCUGCCCCCAACUAACAGGAUACAAGGUAAUUUUGGCCCUGACGUCUUAGGAAGAGAUCUGGCUAAAUUCUCCACAAUAAAUCUUUGAAUUGAAUCAUGAAAUAGACAGCUAAAUGAUCAGUCAUAUUCAAGUAAUUUCUCCCUCCAUAGAACCAUAAUUUCUUCAUUUAUUACUACUUUUUUUUUUUCUCUCCAUUCCUGCGAUGUUUGGUUUUACAUUUUCAGAAACACAUUUAAAAUACAAGAAUGUUAUGUAGGCCCAUUUUCAUGAAUGCCUAAACAGAAAGGAAAACCGGAAGCCCUGAAACAAUUCACUGCUCGAGGCAAGUUUUGCUAAAAGUUAGACACGUAUAGAAAGUGUAAUUGCUGGAUUCAAACACUGCCAUUGAGUAGACAGCUAUUCUAUCAUUUGUCACUGUCAGUUGAGGACCUAAUUUACUACUUUCAAGGUUUUCAUGACAGUUUCUGUCAAACACCACUGUCCCGUUUAGUAUUUCAAGCCACACAUUGUGUCACUUUGUUUGGCUAGAAUUUGUUUAGAACUGAUAAUCUUUUUAAGGAGCAAUGGCUUCCUAAUUCAAUAUUCGACCCCCUUUGUGUUACAAAUACUUUUCAGCUUCUUUGCAGUAUAGCUAGUUGUACAUCAAAUCUGAUCAAAGCAUGGAAAUAUGUUGGCGAGAUCUUUUCCAUCUUUAGUGAAUAUGCUUUGCUAGUGCUAUCAUCAUCUGUGUAAGUCCAGGCAUCCCAUAGUGGUCAAAGACUGACUGGGUUCCCACAAUGCCAGAUUAGUUGCUAGUGCUUUGGAUUGUACAGAUUUUAUUUCAGAAGUGGUCUUGGUUAUUAAGUUAUCCUUUAUUUAUAGAGGCAUCUUAGUGUCGGGCUCACAAAUUAAAUGUAAUAUAGUUACCUAAGACCAUUUGUACUGCAUGCUACAAACUACUGGAAGCUUGGAGAUUUUUUUUUUGUGAUCUUUAUUUUUCUUUCUUAUGAAAGUAUGUUAUUUCACAAAUAUUAUUUUGUUACAUGGCCAAAGUGACAGAAAUGUCCCAAAAGCAUUUUUUUUGUUAACUUAAUACAUUUUUGUUUGGUUUUCUCUUGUUUAUCUUUUCAGAUAUGUCAGCAAUUUUUUUUUCUGUAUUUGCAAUUGUGGUUUCUUGUAUCUGUCAAAAACAGGAGUGUUAAUUAGCAAAUGAAACAUCGAUGCAGAUGAACCUUUGUGCUGUUUCUAGAUGUUCUAUAUGAAUUAACUGAGUCAGGAAUCUGCCCAUAGCCUUAUGCCCUGCAUCCAUUCCCUGUUCACCUCUAACCCAUUUCGAGGAGAAGUGGAGGCAAAAAGCAAGCCUUGGUAUGAAACUGCAGACCGUGGUGACUUAUUGUAUUGGCUACUAUUGACAUAUGUAAUUCUGAUUGCCCUGUUGAAGCAUCCUCUCUUCAACACUGUCUGUGUGCUAAUUGUUGGGAAGAGUACUUAUAGGCCCUGGGAGGCUGCUAGUACUCAGGCCAAGUUAAAUGUGAUGGGUUCAUGCAAAGACAAAUCGCCAUCCCCCACAAUGUGUCCAUUUUGAAGUUCCCUCAAUUCAGUCCAAUUUAGCCGUUUUUUGGGAGGAUAAGAGGCUAAAAUUUUCACUCUUAAAGAGUACAUGUGUACUAAAGCAAGUCCAAAUGAAGACAUUUAAAAAAUUUGAAUUUAAAUGUGUAAUUAAAUUGAUUACUGUUUCUCUAA